CCACGGUCGAUGCAACAUGGCCGAAAUUACGUUUAUAAAUUAAAAAGCUUUUAAUUAUUUUUACCUUAUUAGAUGAUUCACAUCGACGCGUUUGUAAUAAGGAUAUAAUUGUGCAAAGUGAGCUCGAGUGAGGCGUGGGUGCUUAGUUCAUGUUGUGAUGAAUGUACAUUAGACUAAUGUGUAAAGUGCGUGAAAUUUUAAAAGUGACUUUGUUCAACGGAACGUUUUUCACAAUCGGUAGUAAUUAAAGAAAAUGGGCAGCAAGCAAAACGGAGUAAGCAAGACCUUCACAGGAGCCCUGGUGCUAGAUGGUAACUCUCCAGAAGAUGUUGCCCGGGCCAUGAUAGAAAACCGACAAAAGGAAUCUUUCUUCCUGCUAGACUUGGACGAGGUUUGUCGACGACUCGAUCACUUCAAAGAGGUCAUGCCGAGGGUGGAAAUAUGUUACGCAAUGAAGGCGAACGAUUGGGAACCGAUCCUGAAACUGGUGAUUUCUCAAAACAUCGGCUUCGACUGCGCGUCGCCAGGUGAAAUCUACAAGGUUCUCAAACUCGGUGCAUCACCUACGAGCAUCGUGUUCGCGUUGCCUACAAAGACUGCGUAUCAGAUGACAUACGCACGGGAAGCUGGCGUGAAACAUACCACCUUCGACAGUUCUUACGAGUUGAAAAAGUUGAAGCAGUACUGGCCUGAUGCCCAUCUUCUUAUAAGAAUCCGAGUUGACGGAGAAUGUAUCUACAAGCUAGGAGAAAAGUUUGGCUGUGACUUCGAAACUGAAGCCGUUGCUUUACUCGAGGAAGCUGCUGCGCUUGGACUAAAGGUGGUAGGCGUGGCCUUCCACGUGGGCAGUGCGUGUUCAUCAGUCGACAGCCACGCCAUCGGUCUGCAACGAGCUCGGAAGCUGUUCGACCACGAGGCGAGAGCCGGAAGACAAAUGAAGAUCGUCGACAUUGGAGGAGGCUUCAUGAGUGAUAGGACUGACAGGGUUGAUAAGGUAGCCCAGCAAGUAAACACAGCUCUAGAGGAGUAUUUCCCAGAACGAGAUGUUCUUGUAGUCGCUGAACCGGGAAGAUACGUGGUUGACUCUGCCGCUACUCUGUACAAUAGUAUUAACAACAUUCGUCGGGUGACAAAGGACAAUAAACCAGUAAACAUGAUCUAUUUAAACGAUGGUUUGCACGGGUCGAUGAGGUAUGCUGAACCCUGGACAACUGUAGAAAAGUUAUCUAUUGGCCAGAAAAACGGGGUAGAAAUUGACCAGGAAGAAUUAGAAGAGGCCAUUCUCUGGGGUCCAACUUGCGACUCCACUGACCGUAUAAUGGAGAAAGCUGCAAUUCGUCUGCCAAGAUGCUCUCCAUUUGACUGGCUGGUCUUCAAGCUACAAGGAGCGUACACAUUUGUGUUCCAUGGCCCCUUUUCCAGCAUCGAAAUACCGCUGAUGAGAUCUGUUGUAUCCUUGGAAUUGUGGAAUAAAAUAAAGGAUCAUCCAGUAUUUUCUCCGGAGGAUUUUGUAUCGAACCCCGAUAUCUCUGCUCCCCUGCCGUCUACACUACCACCCAAGAUACACCGGGACCAGAUAAACGGAUUCAAUGCUUCAUUAUUGGACAAAGUUUAAUACAGUACAAAACAAAUCCUCUUUUUUCACACAAGAAGAAUAAAAAUGUACAAGCAGGUAACAGAGUACAAUAGGCGGCCUUAGUAUUAAAUACCAAUUUCAUCCAGGUAACCUUAGGGCGAAAGAUACUGUAAUUAAUAAUUAUAUUCGGGGGCGGUACAAUAAAAUGCACGCAUGAUUAAAUUAUUUUACUAAAUAAGUAACAAUUGUUGUAACAGUUGGAAAGAGUCAGAAGAUAAUUUGCAUUAAGUUAGUGUUGAAAUCCUAAUGCCAACAUUUGAAUCAAAUGCUGAAAGGUUGCCGAUAUAUUAGUAACCAAUUAUGUAAUUAUAACCAGUUACAUAAUAAUGUAACCUUUACCACAGUAUAACGCUAAGUACAGAGAGUACACUCACCUCCCCCCACCUAAACCAGAUACCGCAAAAGACCCCGCACGCUAACCAUACCUCUAGAGGGUAGAGAAUGUCCGUCAGAAUCGCCGGUCACUAUUUUGUCGGAGUACAUUAAGUUGAAAUUAUUGGCUCAUAAAUAUUACCGUCUCUUGUCCUCUAUAGCCAUAAACACGCCAAGUGACCAGCCAUCCUGACGUCACAACCGCCGGUCACAUUUUAAAUUUAUUGCUAAAAUACGUUAGAAGCAAUUGUCUAGUGGCACUAGGCGUCACUAAUUAGGCGUCACCAUUUCAACUUAAAAUACGCCAACAAAAUACGAGUGACCGGCGAUUUUGAUAGACACGCCAUUUGCCUGGGGUAUGUUGCGAGUAAGUACACUGUAAAUAUUUGUCGUUUUAUAUAAAUCAUUAUGAUUAGGACAUUUAUGUAUCAGAGAAUGUUUACGUUUUAAAUUAUGUAGAAAUAAAGACGUAGAUAAUUAAAUUGUUAAUAAUUUUGACAGAACUAUAUUGUUAAUGAUAAUAAAAUAUUAAUAAAAUAGUAAUAUUGUACAUA